GAGCCGGGAGCUCGCGCCCUUAGGCCGGCCAGGGUUUCCAUUGCCUUCAGAGCGCCGUUGCCGUGGGGUCAGAGCCCAUGACACGGGUGAGACACGAGUCCCGAAGGCGCCAAGUGGACCUCCGACUUGGGGUCUGCUGGUGUAAGGCUGUCGGAGGAGUCCGUGCCUUUGUGGGGGCGGGCUCCCGGAGGUCGGCUCUAAGCUGAACCCCUCUUUUGGUGCACCCUGGCUUCCCUCCAUCCUCGCUUCCCUGCCCCUGGAGGCCUCUGGAAACCCUGGCUUGGCGCUCCUCUCUCCCGGGGGCAUCUUGAGUUUACUCGUGUUGGAGAAUCCGCUCUGCUUGACCUUGCUCGCUAAAGAGUUGCUGAAGAAAGCAUUCGAUGAUGUGCAAAGGACGUGUGGACUACCGUAGGUUAAACUUUUAUGAACCAUGGGCUCGGCUUAGGGAGCCUGGAAGCCAGUGUCAUAGUUCCUGCUGGGACGGCUUCCAGGAGGAGGAGUUGACAGGAUCCUGGGAAAGGUUCAACAAAUAGGUUCCUCCUUCAGUCUCUGGAAGACUUGGACACGAGUUUGAGGAAACUCAACUCCCGCCUGUUUGUGGUGCGAGGACAGCCCGCUGACGUGUUCCCGAGACUGUUCAAGGAAUGGGGGGUGACGCGCUUGACCUUCGAAUACGACUCCGAACCCUUUGGGAAAGAACGGGAUGCGGCCAUCAUGAAGAUGGCCAGGGAGGCCGGCGUGGAGGUGGUGACCGAGAACUCGCACACCCUCUAUGACCUGGACAGGAUUAUCGAGCUGAACGGGCAGAAGCCGCCCCUCACCUACAAGCGCUUCCAGGCCAUCAUCAGCCGCAUGGAGCUGCCCAGGAAGCCCGUGGGCUCCGUGACUAGCGAGCAGAUGGAGAGCUGCAGGGCCGAGAUCCAGGACAACCACGAUGAGAGCUACGGCGUGCCCUCCCUGGAGGAGCUGGGAUUCCCCACGGAAGGACUUGGCCCAGCUGUCUGGCAAGGAGGAGAGACCGAGGCUCUGGCCCGCCUGGAUAAACACUUGGAACGGAAGGCGUGGGUCGCCAACUACGAGCGCCCCCGAAUGAACGCCAACUCCCUGCUGGCCAGCCCCACAGGCCUCAGCCCCUACCUGCGCUUCGGUUGCCUCUCCUGCCGCCUCUUCUACUACCGUCUGUGGGACCUGUACAAAAAGGUGAAGCGGAACAGCACGCCACCUCUGUCCCUGUUCGGACAACUCCUGUGGCGCGAGUUCUUCUACACGGCAGCCACCAAUAACCCCAGGUUUGACCGCAUGGAGGGGAACCCCAUCUGUAUCCAGAUCCCGUGGGAUCGAAACCCCGAGGCCCUGGCCAAGUGGGCCGAGGGCAAGACAGGCUAUCCUUGGAUCGACGCCAUCAUGACCCAGCUGAGGCAGGAGGGCUGGAUCCAUCACCUGGCCCGACACGCUGUGGCCUGCUUCCUCACCCGUGGGGACCUCUGGGUCAGCUGGGAGAGCGGAGUCCGGGUCUUUGAUGAGCUGCUGCUGGACGCAGACUUCAGCGUGAACGCGGGCAGCUGGAUGUGGCUGUCCUGCAGCGCUUUCUUCCAGCAGUUUUUCCACUGCUACUGUCCUGUGGGCUUCGGCCGCCGCACGGACCCCAGCGGAGACUACAUCAGGCGAUACCUGCCCAAAUUGAAGGGGUUCCCUUCUCGAUACAUCUACGAGCCCUGGAAUGCCCCAGAGUCUGUUCAGAAGGCGGCCAAGUGCAUCAUCGGCGUAGACUACCCCCGGCCCAUUGUCAACCACGCCGAGACCAGCCGGCUCAACAUUGAGCGGAUGAAGCAGAUCUACCAGCAGCUGUCGCGAUACCGGGGCCUCUGCCUGCUGGCAUCUGUCCCCUCCUGUGUGGAAGACCUCAGCCAUCCUGUAGCUGAGCCCAGCUCAAGCCAGGCCGGGAACGUGAGCAGCACAGGCCCAAGACCACUGUCCAGUGGCCCAGCAUCCCCCAAACGCAAGCUGGAAGCCGCUGAGGAGCCGCCCGGGGAGGAGCUGAGUAAACGGGCCCGCGUGGCAGUGGUGCCCGCACCAGAGCUACCGAGCAAGGCCGUCUGAGACUACAGCACCUUUGCUCCGGGAGCAAAACCUGGGCGCCCAAGAAGGCCCCCCAUGGCAGCUGAGUGUGACCUGCACAGAAGCCAGUCGCCGACAGAGGCGGGCCGCGGACGCGUGUGUGCGUGUGUGUGUAUGCGCAUGUGCAGGGGAGUAGGUCGUGUGCCUGUGUGCGUUUGCAUGAGUGUGUUGACACUGUGGGGCCUGGGCUAGAGGAGGAAUGUGAGGGCCAUGGCCCAGCCUCCAGACACAGGGCUAAGCCAUGGCUCGAACUUUGAGCCAAGACCUACUGAAAAGCAGCUGCCUUGUCUGAGUAGCAAGAAUGGGGGGGGGGCCUCGCUGCAACCCUGGCAUCUGCCUCCCCUGGUCUUCUUCCCACUUGACAUCAGACUGAGGAGUGUGGGAGCCGCAGGAUUGGCUUCCUGAGGCAACUAGAGGCGAGCUGAGCCCUCACCCAGUCCCCCGGGUGGGCUGGGUACGGGAAUGCUGUUUAGACUCAGCCUUCACACCUUUUAGUUUUAAAAGGUCCUGCAGACUCUCCCUUGCACAUCUGGCAUUGAGCACAAGGCUGUGAAACUAGAAAUUUCUGCCACGGCACUCAGACACCCAGGCAGCAGGGUGAGUGCCCAGUGCUAUGGGUGGUAGCCUGGUAGCCAAGGCUAGGAGCAAUAGCCAAUUGUCAUAGUUCCUUCCAUAUUAGCAGCCAAGAGCCAGCCUUGAGCCUCCCCCAGAGCUGUGGGUCAGCAAGGCUGAGGCCCCAUCCCUGCACCCCUCUCCUCUGGCCCCACUCCAGGGACUCACAGGACCACUAG